AUGCCCACCUCGCCCGUGCCCUUCACCGAGGACCCCGCCUUCGACUCCUCGCGUCCCCCGCUCACACACCUAACCUCCGGCUCGUCGACCUCGUCCGCCGCGCUCUCGACACCAGCGACGUCCAUCAGCACUCUGUCGUGGCCUUCGCCGCCGUGCGAACCCAGCCUCUCGACCCCCUCGCCCUUCUUUGGCGGCUUGUCUGCCCCACCACCCACCGCGACGACGACUUCCUCGCUCGACGCGUCCCCGCUCGCGAUGGACACCAUGUCCGAGCCUCUCGCGUCCUCGACACCCGUACACACAUUCCCCACCUUUGUCCUCUCGCUCCUGACGGCGCUCGAGUCGGACCCAGCGAGCGUGCGGCACCACCUCGACAACCUCGCGCAGAGCCAUGCCGCACCUGCCAACUUUCUCCCGACGCCGAUGGGGAAACCGGGAGAGACGGAUGCGAUCGUCGCGAGUUUGUCGAGGAUUGCGGAUCGGUUGAGGGCCGCGGAGGAGCCGGUUUCGGGUGCCAAGUCUCGCAGCGUGGACGGCUUCGACGAAGCUGAUCCGAAUGGGCGAGUCGAGGCAGCUGCAGCGGGUUGCGCACCACCCAAGAUGUCGACUCGUCGACCGUUCGUCCCCGGCGACUCGGUCGAACAGGUCCGCAAGAACUGCGAGGACCAGAUCCAGGCGCUCAAGGUCCUUCAUGCGGAAGAGCUGCACCGGGCUCAGCUCUCUCACGACAACGAGGUCCGGUCGAUAGCGGUCGUCACUUCCGCCAUUGCGCGGGGAGACUUGACGAAGACGAUCGACGCCGAAGUCGAGGGCGAGAUGGCCGUCUUGAAGGCGCGUCCUCCUUCCUCCUCUCCUUCUCCACCCUUACUAACAUCUCCUUUCGCCCGACAGACAACCCUCAACGAGAUGGUGUACAAGCUCCGCCUCUUCUCGAGCGAAGUAACCCGUGUCGCGCUCGAUGUCGGCACGCGCGGAAAGUUGGGUGGGCAGGCGGUCGUGACGGGUGUUGAGGGGACCUGGCGAACCCUCACCGAGACCGUCAACCUUUUGGCCAGUCAGCUUACCGUCCAGAUCCGAUCCAUCGCCAUCGUCACGUCUGCCAUCGCCAGCGGAGAUUUGUCAAAGACCAUCGACGCCGAAGUCCAAGGCGAGAUGCUCGACCUCAAGUCCACGGUCAACGGUAUGGUCCAGCGCCUGCGAGUCUUCGCAGCCGAAGUAACGCGUGUCGCGAAGGAGGUCGGGACGGACGGACAAUUGGGUGGACAGGCGAUCGUGCAUGGUGUUGAGGGAACGUGGCGGGAGCUCACUUUCAGCGUCAACUCGAUGGCGGCCAACCUCACCCUCCAAGUGCGCGAAAUCGCCUCGGUCACGAAAGCCGUCGCGAACGGCGACUUGAGCAAGACGGUCAACAUCGAAGCGUCUGGCGAGAUCCAAGAGCUCAAGAUGACCGUCAACUCGAUGGUUGCGCAACUCCGGCGGUUCGCAGCUGAAGUCACGCGUGUCGCGCUCGAAGUCGGGACGGAGGGUCAACUUGGAGGGACGGCGAAUGUCGAGGGCGUGCAGGGGGAGUGGUCGAGCUUGGUCGCUUCGGUCAACCAGAUGGCGAGCAACUUGACGCAGCAGGUUAGGUCCAUUGCGGCGGUCACGACGGCUGUUGCCGAGGGCGACUUGUCGAAGAAGAUUGACGUCGAGGUCAAGGGUGAGAUGCUCGACCUCAAGCUCACGGUCAACUCGAUGGUCGACUCGCUCCGUAUCUUCGCCGCCGAAGUUACUCGCGUCGCCAAGGAAGUCGGCACGGACGGUCAGCUCGGUGGUCAAGCCUACGUCAGCAACGUCUCGGGCGAGUGGAAGUCGCUGGUCGACACGGUCAACGUCAUGUGCGGCAACCUCACAGACCAAGUCCGAAGCAUCGCCAAAGCCACGACCGCAGUCGCUCGCGGAGAUUUGAGCCAGAAGGUCACGAUCGAGGCGAACGGCGAGGUUCUCCAGCUUGUCGUCACCAUUAACGAGAUGGUCGACCGGCUUGCGACGUUCGCUUCCGAGGUUACCCGCGUUGCGCACGAGGUCGGCACGAAGGGUAACUUGGGUGUUACGGCCAAGGUCGACAACAUCGAGGGGACUUGGCAGGAGAUCACCAACAACGUCAACACGAUGGCGCUCAACCUCACCUCGCAGGUCCGCGCCUUUGCGCAGAUCUCGGCAGCCGCGACGGAAGGCGACUUCAGCUCGUUCGUCACGGUCGAGGCGAGCGGUGAGAUGGAUUCGCUCAAGAGCAAGAUCAACAAGAUGGUCUUCUCGCUUCGCGACUCGCUGCAGAAGAACACGGCGGCGAGGGAGGCGGCCGAAUUGGCGAACCGCUCCAAGUCCGAAUUCCUCGCCAACAUGUCGCACGAGAUCCGGACGCCCAUGAACGGCAUCAUCGGCUUGACGGGCGUCACCCUCGAGACGGACCUCACGCGCCAGCAGCGCGAGAACCUCAUGAUCGUCUCGAACCUCGCCAACUCGCUUCUCCUCAUCAUCGAUGACAUUCUCGACAUCUCAAAGAUCGAGGCGGGUCGCAUGACGGUCGAGCAGAUCCCCUUCAGCGUCCGCUCGGCCGUCUUUGGCAUCCUCAAGACGCUCGCGGUCAAAGCGACGCAGAGCCGGCUCGACCUGAUGUACUCUGUCGAGAGUGACAUCCCCGACCUCCUCGUCGGCGACCCCUUCCGCCUGCGACAAGUCAUCACAAACCUCGUCGGCAAUGCCAUCAAGUUCACCCAGCGCGGCCAGGUUGCCCUCUCGUGCCGCCUCGGUGCAGCCGACCUCGAGGAGAAGACGUACCAGCUCGAGUUCUGCAUCAGCGACACCGGCAUCGGCAUCAAGCCCGACAAGCUCAACCUCAUCUUCGACACCUUCGCACAAGCUGACGGCUCGACGACUCGCAAGUACGGCGGCACCGGUCUCGGCCUUACCAUCUCGAAGCGCCUCGUGCAGCUCAUGGGCGGCGAGCUCUGGGUCACGUCGCAGUUCGGCCGUGGCUCGCAGUUCUACUUCACGAUCCAGUGCAGGAUCGGCGAGUGGAACCUCGACCAGGUCCGGCAGAAGACGCUCAUCCCGCACCCUGGCCGGCGCAUCCUCUUCAUUGACACUCUGCACCAUGACCCGAGCGUCAUCGAGUCUGUCGAGCAGCUCGGACUCGAGAUCACCGUCGUCGAUACACUCGAGGAAGCGUGUCUUCUCGACCACUCGCAAACCGGCUACUUCGACACGGUCCUCGUCGACCAGCUCUCGGUCGUCGAGCGUCUCCGCGACGUCGAACACCUCCGCUACAUCCCCCUCGUCCUCGUCACCCCGCAGAUCCCGCAGCUCAACCUCAAGUACUGCCUCGACUUUGGCAUUGCCAACUGCGUCGAGUCGCCGACAAACGCGCAGGACAUGUGCAAUGCGCUCUUGCCGGCGCUCGAGGCGAGCAACCGGAUACCUUCCGAGCGGGGCGGCGACGCCUCGUUCAAGGUCCUCCUCGCCGAAGACAACAUCGUCAACCAGAAGGUCGCGCUCAAGUUCCUCGAGAGUGCUGGACACCAGACUGAGGUGGUCGAGAACGGUGCUCUCGCGCUCGAGGCGGUCAAGAAGAAUUUCUACGAUGUCGUCCUGAUGGACUUGUCGAUGCCGAUCAUGGGCGGCCACGAAGCGACGCAGAUCAUCCGCAAGUUUGAGCGCGAGAACGGCCUCGAGCGGCUACCGAUUGUGGCGCUGACGGCGCACGCGAUGCUGGGCGACCGAGAGAAGUGCAUCGAGGUUGGCAUGGACGAGUACCUUACCAAGCCGCUUCGCAAGCCAGACUUGCUCGCCACGAUCAACAAGGUGGUCUUGCAGAGACGAGCUGGUCCGUCUCCUGCCACGUCCAUCUUCCUGACCCACCCUUAA